UCCAGAAAAAUUCCAAAAUGGCCCACCAAUAUCCAGCAUUGAGUACGGAGCAGAAGAAGGAGUUGUCUGACAUUGCUCAGCAGAUUGUAGCCGAAGGAAAGGGUAUCCUGGCUGCUGAUGAGUCUGUGGGAAGUAUGGCCAAGCGUUUUAGCGGCAUUGGUGUGGAGAACACCGAGGAGAAUAGGCGCCUGUACCGCCAGCUUCUCUUCAAAGGCGAUGAUCGUAUGCAAAAUUGUAUUGGCGGUGUCAUCUUCUUCCAUGAGACCAUGUACCAGCAGGGGGACUGUGGCACCAACUUUGUCAAAAUGAUUAAGGAUAAAGGCAUUCUUGUAGGAAUUAAGGUGGAUAAAGGGGUUGUUCCCCUCGCUGGUACUGAUGGUGAAACCACAACUCAAGGUUUGGAUGGAUUGUCAGAACGUUGUGCUCAAUACAAGAAGGAUGGUGCUGACUUUGCAAAGUGGAGAAGUGUACUGAAAAUUAGUGAGCACACCCCCUCUUCCCUGUCCAUCAUGGAAAAUGCCAAUGUCCUUGCUCGCUAUGCAAGCAUUUGUCAGCAGAAUGGUAUUGUCCCCAUUGUGGAGCCAGAGAUUCUUCCUGAUGGAGAUCAUGACCUGAAACGCUGCCAGUAUGUCACUGAGAAGGUUCUAGCUGCUGUCUACAAGGCCCUAAGCGACCAUCAUGUGUAUCUGGAGGGCACACUAUUGAAACCAAACAUGGUAACUGCUGGUCAUGCCUGCCCCAAAAAAUACACUUCUGAGGAGAUUGCCAUGGCAACUGUGACCGCACUUCGCCGCACUGUGCCCCCUGCUGUCCCAGGUGUCACUUUCCUGUCUGGUGGACAAAGUGAGGAAGAAGCCACUAUUAAUCUGAAUGCAAUUAACAACUGUUAUCUAUCAAGGCCUUGGGCUCUCACUUUCUCCUAUGGACGUGCUCUCCAGGCCUCAGCACUGAAUGCUUGGCGUGGCAAGAAUGCGAAUGAGAAUGCGGCUACAGAGGCGUUCUUGACGCGUGCAGAGGCAAAUGGUCUAGCAGCCUGUGGCAAAUAUGAGCACAGCAGUGAUGGAUCUGGGGCGGCUGGCCAGUCCCUGUACGUUGCCAAUCAUGCCUACUAACCUUGGUGGUCAUAUGAGCACUGACCUGCAGAACGCCUCCACUCUGCUUCCCUUGUUCUUAUAGCAGCAUUCACGUGGACAUCCCCGCCAGCCAAAGCUUGGAAUAACCACAACCAUUUGCCUCCCAGCCUCUCCCCGUGAUGUUACACUGACAGUAUAAGCCUAUCUAGGCUUGUGCUGUGGUGGAUCUUUAGGGGGUCCAGCUCUUGUCUUGCAGUGUAAUGUAUUUGGUUGUCUUUAACUAUUUUCCUACUAGAUCUUUUAUUUUUUGAGGUCUCCCUUUUACAGGUCUAAAGAGAGCGAGAGAAAUUAAGGUAAAGCCAUCAGAAAUAGUAUCCUAUUUUAAUAAUUUACAAGCGGGUAAGAGUAACCUCUGCUGGACAGGAGAAGGAUAGAUGUUUAUGUAACAGAUGACUUUUCACUGAUCUAGUAUACUGGAAAUAAUUCCCCUGCACAAUUCGGGCACUAUUGAACCCUUGGUAGUGUCUUUCUUAGAACAAUCGAUCCAGUAACACAUCCACUCAUCCAGGCACUGUUCUGUGAAAGGUCUUGCACUUUGUGGUACAUCCAUAGAUUGCGUGGUUGUGCGCUAACUAUAACUCUGGGAAGUAGAUCCAUCCUUUUAUGUGCAUUGGAUGGUGUUCAACUACAGAAACCCUUAACACUAAAGGAUAACUUACUGCUGUGUAUAUUGUGAAAUAGUGUUGUUGUCUUUAUCUGUCUGCAACUGAUGUACCAAAUAGA